AUGCCUGUGGCUAUUGAUGUUGGCCAACGUGUGCUCGUCUAUAAUCCUUCACAUGGAUGGACGUUGGCAUAUUUUGUUACUGCUCAACGAACAAGCGAGAAUAAACUUCAGAUACUGACAUGUCGCUUGUCGAACUGUCAUCACAAAGCAACUUCUCAAGAUCAUUAUCGAUACCCGCCAGAGCGUGUGGCACUGAAUGAUACAGUUGCGGAUAAUCUUAAUGUAGGCACACGUGUUCUCUGCAUGCCAAGUGGCGAUGCAGAUACAUCUCGAUAUAUUGACAAACCCUUACGUGGUAUCAUUGCUGAACAACCAUCAUCUGCUAACAGUCAACGUUACUUAAUUUUUGCUGACAAUGAUUCGCCGUUUUACUUGCGUUCAAUUGCAAUACACCUCUUGCUUGAAUCUUUGUCGAAUUAUCUAGCUAAGGUUGAUCUGGGCACAAAGCAUUACAUAGAAAAUUACGUGUUAACGUAUCCGAAACGGCGUCUUGUCAAUGUCUCGGCAAAAGAUCAUAUUAAUAUUGAAUUAAAUGGCCAAUGGGUUGAUGCUCUCGUCUCCAAAGUUGAAGGAAGUCUUAUUCGAGUAUUUAUACCGUUCUUAAACAAGCACGAGUGGCUCUAUCGGGGUUCGUUACGAUUACAACCUCUGUUUAAUUCUCUCUCGUCCUACGAACCACCUUGUAAACGCUUGGCAGUAGAAAAAGAGACGAAAAUCGAUAACAAAUGUCACUUUUUACUCGCUCCAUUGAAUCAAGGUUGGAAACGUCAAAUACGUAACGAUCUCGGUACGAUUGUUUACAUCGCACCGUGCGGUCAGAUGUUCACCGAUGCUGAUCGGUUACAAAAUUAUCUUUUUCAAAUGGAUUCAAUACUAAACAUUCGCCACUUUUCAUUCGAUAUGAGUUGUCGCGUAACACAAAAAUUCAUGGUAUCAGAAAAACCCUUAGUGCAGAUCGAUGAUUACUCAUAUGAACGCGAAAAAGUUCCAUUGAUGUUAGUCAACGAAAUGGAUUCAUCACUACCGAAAACAUUCGAAUAUGUUGCCGAUCGAAUACCUUUAACCAACGAUAUUGUUAUUGACACAAGUACAUUACAAGGCUGUUCGUGUACAGAUGGUUGUCUAGAUCCAACAAAAUGUGCUUGUUGGAAGAAAACAUACGAUGCUAUCAUUGACUCGCAUUAUUAUGAAGAUGUCAUUGCUGAAUUAAAGGAAUUGUAUGAUGAGGAAGAUGAGGAUCCUGAACGAGUGCGAUUAUACUUGUACGAUGCACUAUCCAAAAGAAACUACGGCUACAAGCAUGGACGCUUAUUAGAAAAAAUACAUUCAGGCAUUUAUGAAUGCAACGGUAAAUGUAAAUGUGAUUCUCGAUGUGCAAAUCGAUGCGUUCAGUUUGGUUUAAAUACGCUUCUUCAAAUCUAUCAUACUGCAGAGAAGGGAUGGGGUGUGCGUACACUAUACGAUUUACCAGCUGGUACAUUCCUGAGUUUCUACGCAGGUGAAAUUCUCAAUGAUGAAGAUGCAAAUCGACGUGGCGUGCAGAAAAAUAUGGGUGAUGUGUAUUUUACCGCAUUGGAUUUUGUUGCUUCUUUGAAUCCAUCGUCAUCGCCAAGAAAACCGAGACCUGUCAUGAAUAUGAAUAAUGGCAAUCAUGUAAAUGAUACGAAUGCAACAUCUGAUAGCCAGCAGAAUGGAAAUGGUCAUGCAACAGUUGAAGGAGUAGGCGAAGAUGACGAAGAAGGUCUACCGAUUGAAAAGACGAAAGCUUUUCUUGAAUAUCAACAAGCCAAUUAUGAUCCAGGCAUUUUCGUCAUGGAUGCACAUUUAAAAGGUAAUGUGUCACGUUUUUACAACCACUCGUGCUCGCCAAAUGUGUUCGUUCAAAAUGUUUUCAUCGAAUCAUGGGAUGUGCGAUUUCCUUGGGUAGCUUUUUUUACUACUCAUCACAUUCGAGCAGGAACGGAACUUGUAUGGGAUUAUUCGUAUGAAGUCGAUACAGUAGAAAAUCGCGUUUUACACUGUCGUUGUGGGUCCGAGCAAUGUCGUCAUCGUUUACUCUAA